AUGCUCUCCUCCGCCGUAUUCGGCGGCAGCUCCAUCAUCUCCCUCGCUCUCACUCCUCCUCUCACUCUCUCUCUUCAUCUCAAGAACCGCGCUUUCCUCACUCGCUUCUCAAUCCAAGCACGCCACUCAUCCAAGUCGCAGGUCCAUUACGAUAGUCUUAGGGUUUUGGAAUGGGAUAAGCUCUGCGAUUCCGUCGCCGCCUUCGCUCGUACUCCGCUUGGCCGCGAAGCCACUAAGGCACAGCUAUGGAGUUUGAAUCAGACCUACGAAGAGAGCCUGAGGCUUUUGGACGAAACCAAUGCGGCGGUGGAGAUGCUCAAGCACGGCGCUUGCAAUUUGGACUUCUGCGGCGUCAGAGUUGUUCUGGUGCAAUCUGCUAUACAGCGAGUUCGGAGGAGCUCAGCGCUGGAAGGAAUGGAAGCAGUAGCUGUGAUGGAGCUGCUGCAAUACGCGGAGCAUUUGCAGAGUAAUUUGAAAGGUGCAAUAAAGGAAGAUGCGGAGUGGUACAGGCGAUUCAUGCCUCUUUCGGAAGUGAUAAUGGAAUUUGUGGUAAACCGGUCACUAGCUAAGCUGAUACAGCAAGUUAUAGAUGAAGACGGCCGUGUUAAAGACUCUGUGAGUCCAAACCUGAAACGCUUGCGCAAUCAAGUUCGGACGCUUGAGAAAAAGAUAUAUCAGUUAAUGGACAGCCUAAUACGCAAUGACAAGAGUGAAGCACCAUUAAUGGAAGUAAGCACCAUUGAUGGAAGGUGGUGCAUAAAAUCCAGCGCUAAUGAAAUGAAAAGUUUCAAGGGUCUUCUGUUGCCCAGUGGUUCAGGCAAAGGAAGCAUUGUUGAGCCUCUAUCUGCUGUCCCUCUGAACGAUGAGCUGCAACAAACAAGGGCACUGGUAUUAGAGGCUGAGGCUGAGGUUCUCUCUAUGUUAACAGAAAAGAUGCAAAUGGAUCUUGAGAAUAUUGAACAGCUACUGAAAAGUAUAAUCGAACUUGAUGUGGUAAAUGCCCGAGCAACUUAUGGCCUAGCAUUUGGUGGAACAUGUCCCAAUAUAUUUCUACCAGGAGGGCAUGGCUCUUCUGCUUCUGAUGCCUACUUUUCAGGGAACAAACACCCACAGGCAUCCUACCCCUUAAAGAGUGAAUGGGUGUUAUAUCUCCCGAAAGCGCAUCAUCCUUUAUUAUUGCAACAGCAUAGACAAAAUUUAAAGAAGGCCAGGAAGGAUUCCGAGAAUGUUACUCUGGUUCACCCAGUUCCAGUUGAUUUUUUUAUCUCACAGAAAACUCGAGUUUUGGUUAUCACCGGCCCUAAUACUGGGGGCAAAACUAUUGGCCUGAAAACAGUAGGAUUGGCAGCUAUGAUGGCAAAAUCAGGUCUUCAUGUUUUAUGUUCUGAGUCAGUACAAAUCCCUUGGUUUGAUUCAGUGUUUGCUGACAUUGGUGAUGAACAAUCCCUGUCUCAAUCUCUGUCCACCUUCUCGGGCCACCUAAAACAUAUAAGCGACAUACAAUCAGAGUCAACAAGUUGUUCACUCGUGCUACUAGAUGAGGUUGGUGCAGGAACGAAUCCCCUUGAAGGAGCAGCACUGGGGAUGUCACUAUUGGAAUCUUUUGCUGAAACUGGUGCUUUGUUGACAAUUGCCACAACACAUCAUGGAGAACUGAAAACCCUAAAAUACAGCAAUGACGCCUUUGAAAAUGCAUGUAUGGAGUUUGAUGAAGUGAACUUAAAGCCAACUUACAGAAUUCUCUGGGGAGUACCAGGGCGUUCUAAUGCAAUCAAUAUAGCUGAAAGGUUAGGGCUACCUGGUAGAGUAGUCGAUAAUGCUAGAGAGCUAUACGGUGCAGCUAGUGCAGGGAUAGAUGAGAUUAUAGCUGAUAUGGAACGAUUAAAGCAGGAGAAUCAAGAGCUUUUAAAUGAAGCAGAGAAUCAUCUGAUGAUCUCAAGAGAGUUGCAUGAAAAUAUGUUGGUUGCCAAAAGGAAGAUUAUGGAACAUGCUAAUGAUCAACGAUUUAGGCAAAUGCGAGAAAUAUCUGAGGCUGCUGCAACGACACGAUCUAUUCUUCACAAAAAAGCACGACAGCAACGUGAAUCUGCAAUUCGAUCUCUGCAGCCUACUUUGGAGCGAAAAAGACAGCAUGCACUGGCAACAAAAACAACUGAUAAUGGUGAGAAUUCAAUCACAAAAAGGUGGGCAUCCUCUUCUGAAGAUUUAAAAAUGUCGCCAUCAGAUAAGUUUGAGCUUCCCAAGGUUGGCAAUAUGGUGUUUGUUUCUUCCCUUGGUAUGAAGGCCACAGUUUUGAGAGUGGAUCCCUCUAAGGAGGAAGUAUUGGUUCAAGCUGGUAACAUGAAGAUGAAACUGAAAUUAGGCGACAUCAAGAGGUGA